AUGGCGGCUCGGCUCCCGGCGUCUGAGCUGGACUGCGGAGCGGGCAGCACAAAGUGGUGUUCUAGAAACACAGAGACACAGUUUCCUUCACGUCUGAAGCAGGAAAACCCAGAGAGUCCACAGAUCAUCAAACUGGAGGAAGAUCUGCUGCAAAUAACUGUGGGAGUGAAGGCAGAAGAAAACAGUCUGCUCCAGGAAAUCCCACAAAGUCCACAGACUAAAGAGGAGCCAGAGGAAGUGAGGAUCAAACACGAGGAGGAGCCGCUUCCUCUCUGUUUGAAGACAGAAGAGUCGUCACCGGGAGAAGAAGAGAUCAGCCAAGAGUCUGAGGGAGACACAGAGCACUCCUCCAACCACAACGAUGAGGAUGAAGACUUUCAUCUUCAGCCUGUGUCCUCAGAGACAGAUGAUGAUGGAGACGACCACCACAGAUUUGCAUAUUCUCCUGCCUCCAUGACUCUUCACUAUACAGAGGGGCCAUGUGACCGUUCAUCUGCAGCAGCACAGACUGCGGCCCCCACUGAGGCCCCCACUGCGCUCAGGCUGAAGGUCCAGUUUGCAUAUUCUCCUGCCUCCAUGACUCUUCACUAUACAGAGGGGCCAUGUGACCGUUCAUCUGCAGCAGCACAGACUGCGGCCCCCACUGAGGCCCCCACUGCGCUCAGGCUGAAGGUCCAGAGCCAGAGCAUCCAUCAGCAGCAUCAGCACCAGCGGCGGAAGAAGCACACAGCCCGGAUCUCAGACCUCCACAGCCCGAGACCAGGACAGCGGUGCGUGCCUUUCGCCUCUGGCCGCCUCUCGGUUCUCAUUCUCCGGGUCUACAGCGCGAUGGAGAGCGGGCGCUGA